UAUUACGAUUAUUUGUGUGCCCGUGUCGGGCUUAACCUUCGUGGAAGGUACUGCGGACACGGUGCAAGAUGUCUCUUACAUAAAACUGGUGGGGCAGUGGUGGCUCAGCUGUCCUACUCUGUUGUCGAGUGCGCCGUUUUAUGCGGCGAUCCGCGUAGGGCACAGGGUUGAAGGGUUUGUUCGUCAAACGGUGGCUCAGCUCGUAAGAGACGGCGGCGGUAUCGUCGCUUCGUGAUCGCGGUGGGGCCGUCGUCGGAGUACGGUGGUCGUUCGGGGGCGCAGUGGCUCGUAGUAUCGCGCGUGCCGAUUCGUACGACAAUUAAAACUGGCGGGCAAUCUGGCUCGGUCUCUGGCGGGCAGUCUGGCUCGGUCUUUGGCGGUGGGUGGUAGCGGCGGCGGCGGCGGCGGCGGCGGUGGCGGUGGAGGCAGUGGAAGCGGCGGAGGGGGUGGUGGCAAUGGGAGCAGCAACGGUGGAAAUGGGGGUGGCGGUGGAUCCGGUGGCGGUGCUCGGGGCGCAGAGCCUGCUGCCGCUUCUGCCGUAUCCGUGGCCGUGGAUAAUGUCGCUGGUCAACCGAGCGGUCCGCAGAUAAUUGAAUGGGAGGAGACCGAUCGUUAUUCCUUCGACGACUCUGAUCGCUUCGAAGAGGAUUCUUUGUGCAGCUGGAGCAGUGAGCCAGAGUCGUUGUGCAAUAACUGGAGAGGAUGGCGACGACCCACCGCCGGUUUUGGCACUACCAAGAAGCCCAUGGAAGAUGGACAAACAGUGCCGACGUUGUGCGAGCUCGCUGCACGAUGUGUCGCGUCACAUAUACCGUUCGAGCUGGUGGAGCACGUAUAUCCUCCUGUUCCGGAACAACUGCAACUCAGGAUAGCGUUUUGGAGUUUUCCAGACAACGAAGAGGAUAUUAGGUUAUACUCAUGCUUGGCAAACGGUAGUGCGGAAGAGUUCCAGCGUGGCGAACAUUUCUUCCGGUUGAGGAGCGUGAAAGACCCCCUGCAGAUCGGAUUUCAUCUGAGUGCAACAGUGAACUCGCAGGGGGUAAUGAACGGUGUCAGAUCACAAUUCAACGUUGCUGUCACUUUUGAUCGGAGGAAAAUCACAUCUUGUAACUGUACUUGCUCCUCUAAGGCCUAUUGGUGUGCUCACGUGGUCGCUGUUUGCCUUCAUAGGAUACAUAUGCCGACACAGGUGUGCCUGAGAGCUCCAGUUAGCGAAUCCUUGUCACGUUUACACCGGGAACAACUGCAAAAGUUCGCGCAAUAUCUCAUCAGCGAGCUGCCGCAGCAGAUUCUGCCCACUGCCCAACGUCUGUUGGACGAGCUGUUGUCGGUUCAGCCAAGUACCAUCAACAGUUACUGCGGUGCCCCGGAUCCCACGGCAGGCGCCUCGGCUCACGAUCAAACCUCCUGGUACCUCGAUGAAAAGACUCUUCACGAUAAUAUCAAGAAGAUUCUUAUCAAAUUUUGUGUACCCGCUCCUAUAGUCUUCAGUGAUGUAAAUUAUUUGAGCACUACUGCGCCUCCUGCAGCUGCCGAAUGGUCCUCGUUGUUGCGACCAUUGCGAGGUCGUGAACCGGAAGGCAUGUGGAACUUAUUGUCGAUCGUGCGCGAGAUGUUUAAGAGAACCGAUCGUAACGCUAUACCAUUGUUGGAAAUCAUCACAGAGGAGUGCAUGGCUUGCGAACAGAUACUCGUUUGGUGGUUCAACACGAAAGUAGCUCUAUUGAACGGGACCGGAUACGGCGGUAAACACAACAUGAAUAGCAACGUCCAUGCAUCGCAGCACGCUUGCUCGUCCCUGUGCGACGAGAUCGUCGUACUUUGGCGACUGGCUGCUUUGAAUCCUGGAUUAUCGCCUGCUGAACGAGAUAUGCUUCACAGCCAAUUCACUGCUUGGCACAUGAAGAUUAUUGAUAAGGUUACAAAAAGUAGAGGCAGUUCGGUAACGCACAAUUCACACAACAGAAAUAACGGCGGCGGACACAAAGAUUCAUUAAAAAAUGAUUUAGCCGUGUUCACCGGAUUUAAAUCAGCGCUUGAGGCUUGUUACUUGGAUUGGGAAGAGUACACCUUACCCGGUAUCACCUACACUGCCGGAAGCAAUCCUAUGUAUCAUUGUCCGUUCACAUGCUUCCGACAUGCAGGUGAUACUAGGACUGAAGUGAAUCAGGUGAAUUCGAGUGCUGCCGUGUUAAAUUGUCAACCACCGGUUUCGCAUCAUCAUGGUCGACGACCUUUGAGUUUAGGCCUGGUAGAGUUUAGUUAUAUGGACAGAAGACGGUUGAAUCCGCGCGAAUGUUCAGGUCUAUGCUCACGAAGCGGCGGUGGUGAUGGGAACCGAAGUAGUGUCAGUUCUGAAGGUUUCUGUGAGAAUGAAACCGAUAUGCCUGAUAUUUCCGAGCCUCAAGUAGUUCUCGUUAGACGAUCUUGCGCUCAAUUAAAUAAUUGCGGGGACACAGAUUCGCAGGAGGGUGGUGGUAGCGAGUCGUCCUCCAAUAGUAAUGUCAGUCUGAAGAACGCUCAAGACUCGGACAAGCACCGCUCAAACGCCUCGUCCGAGACUCAUAGUGAUAGUAGUGAUAGUAGUAAUAAUAAAGCUACCUGCGACGCGAAGUGUAGCAGGACGAAUCUCGAUUACCGAGAGAAAUCGCGAACAGUGAUGCCUAAAGCGAACAGUUCGAAGAGCGAACAAGAAUCUGACCAGGAGAAGGAUCCUUCCAGGAGGCCCUCCAAGGAUGAGAGUUCAUCAUCGAGUAGCGACAGUCCGUCUGGUGACGAAUAUCACGUUUAUUAUUAUGAUCCUAAAGCUGUGGUGAACACGAAUGGUGCAUCUAGCAAAGAUUCCAAGAAUGAAUCACAAUCCACAUCCACUCCGAACGCGAGUACUGUAUUAGGUAAUCUGAUGAAAACGGAAGAUCCAUGGGACAUCCUGUUCGCCAGAGCGGAAGGACUCUACGCCCAUGGCCACACGAGGGAAGCUUGUAUUUUGGGUGUUCAACUCGCCGAGGAACUGCUGGCUAAUCCCCCAAAUCUCAUGAUCGAUGAACCACCAGCACCGGUGAAGGGGAAAAAGAAGAAGCAACAAGUUAAUCCGGCGUCCCAUCAGCUUACGUGUCUUGCAUCCGCCACAUUGGCUAAAUGCUGUUUCCUGUGCACCGUUCUCGCAGAAAAUCCGGAAUACUAUAACCUGGCGUUUAGAGUUGGCUUAUUUGGAUUGGAAAUGGCUAGACCGCCGGCUAACACAAAACCAUUGGAGGUAAAAUUGGCUCAUCAGGAGAGUGAACUAGUGGGAUUACUGAAGAAAAUUCCACUUGGUCUUGCGGAAUUGGCCAUGGUUCGACAAAGAGCGGAACAACUGAGGGAUGGAGUACUGAGAUCCAGAGGACAUGCGCUGCUUCCAAUUAUGUUGGCCAGUUUUAUAUUCGACGCCCUUAAUACGUCAAGACUAAAACACCUGUCCUCAGACGUUGACGAGAACCUUGGGUUUGAUGCGGCCGUGGCUGCUCUGGGCUUGAAGGCGAACGUGAGCGAAGCUGAUCAUCCUCUUCUUUGUGAGGGAACAAGACGCCAAAGAGGAGAUUUAGCUAUUACAUUGCUCGUGCAUUAUAAGGAUGAACCUACAAAAGUAGCAAGAAUUAUGGACAAGUUAUUGGAUCGAGAUGUUCAUCAGUUAAUUAAAUCACCAAUUCUCAGCAGUUAUUACACCUCUAAUCCUCCUACUAAGAGUGAGAUGACAAGAUAUCUUCAUGACGAAGAAUGCUCUUCUCCUCUUGCUGGGACAGAUGCUGGUAAUGGCGAUAGUGUGGUUGGUACUAGCAGUAGACCACACAGUAGCACUAGUGCAGAAUUAGAAACUGGUAUGAAUACAUUAACAGUUCAGCCUCAAAUAGUUCAACAACCUGUGCCUACUAGAACUAAAGAAACAAGAUACAAAAGCAAGAGAGUAUAUCCAUCAAUUCCCAAUCAACCAUCAGAAGCAAGUGCACACUUUAUGUGCGAGCUAGCAAAGACUGUUCUCAUAAAAGCCGGAGGCAAUAGUUCCACCUCUCUAUUCACACAAGCAUCUACAAGUCAAAAUCACCAUGGACCUCAUAGAGCUCUCCAUAUGUGCGCUUUUCAACUUGGUCUAUAUGCUCUUGGGCUUCAUAAUUGUGUCACUCCUAACUGGCUUAGUCGAACUUACUCGAGUCAUGUAUCCUGGAUCACUGGACAAGCAAUGGAAAUUGGAGCACCAGCGAUUUCGUUUCUUAUUGAAAGUUGGGAGGGACAUUUGACACCACCUGAGGCAGUUGGUAUAGCAGACAAAUCAUCUAGAGGAAGCGAUCCUAAUAUGGUUCGAGCAGCUGCAGAACUUGCAUUGUCUUGUUUGCCUCAUGCUCACGCACUUAAUCCUAAUGAAGUCCAGAGAGCUAUUUUACAAUGUAAAGAACAAAGUGAUCUCAUGUUGGAGAAAGCUUGUAUCACAGUAGAAAAUACUGCUAAAGGAGGAGGGGUUUAUCCAGAAGUACUAUUUCAAGUGGCUAAAUAUUGGUAUGAGCUGUAUCUCAGACAUACUCCUGGUGGAGAACAACAAGAUGAUAUGCCACAUGAUCCUUUGCAAUUGGAUCUCAAUGGAGUACUUCUGGUAGAGCCUGGUCCUCCAGUAGAUAUGUCCAAUGGACAAAUGAUGCCUGGACCAGCUCAAGCAGUUGUCGUGACUAGUACACAGCCACCUCCUCAACCAUAUCCGACGCAUCCAACUAUAACUACAUUGGCUCCUUUGGGAGUUGGUAUGCCAUACGCAGUUGGUCCUUAUAGUUUCGUGCAUCCACAUCACUCAAUUCCAACUUUUGGUGGACCGAUGCCGUCGCAUAGGGUAACUCUACCACCAGCACCACCACAUAUGCAAAUGUAUCAUGCGGCAUUCCCGCCUCAUCCUGGUCAUCCGCAACAUCCACAACAUCCGCAACAUCCACAGCAUCCACAACAUCCACAGCAUCCGCAGCAUCCUCAUCAUCCAACACAACCCACGCAACCACCAUCGCUGCCGCAAUAUUAUACACCGCAACCUCCACCGCCUCCAGGAACUCAUCAUUUGUUCACCAUGCAACAGCCUAUGCCAGUUAAUGUACAAGCGGGAGUGACAGGACCUAUUCCUGGUCAAGCACAGCCUAUAAUAUCUACAGUAAGAACUCAACCACAGAUUCACAGACAAACUCAGGCUUUCAGUCAACAGCAACUUCGAGCUUUGGUUGCUGCGUAUCGUGUGGGAAUGUUAGCAUUGGAAACUUUGGCUCGUCGUGUACAUGAUGAUAGACCGCAAGCGAAAUAUGCGCGAAAUCCACCCUAUGGAGAAGACGUGAAAUGGUUAUUGAGAGUAUCAAAACGUCUCGGUACUCAAUAUCUUCAUCAACUUUGUAUUUGUACAGUGAAUAGCAUCGUUAGUCCUUUCGUCCUUCAUGAUGUCGCAUUGGAAGCGGCACUCUAUCUGGCUAGAAACAACCGGGCUCUUGUACUUCAACACUUGAGAUCUGCUUUGUUGGCACCUCUUGUUCACAAGUGUCAACAAAUGUAUAUUCAAUGUAUGCAUCAAAAAUUAUAUCAUUUAACAUCAGGCGAGUACGAAGACUUUGUCAACGUAGUGUGCGCGGCGAGAGCAGCAUUUCACAUUACCCCAGAAGGUCAUGUUCAAUUCAAAGAGCGGCUUCAAUCCAUUAAAAGAUCUCAAUCCUGUACCAAAGAACUGUGGGCACAAAUUAACGCAGCACUACAGCAGAACGGCAAAUGACACAGAGCGGAGCCAGGCGUGACGUGGCUCACUUCUCUUCCUCAUCCUCCACCACCUCCGCCACCUCCUCCACCAACGACAACGACAACCCUUGUGCUUCAACACCAGCAUCCCUGUCUUUCUCAUCCACAGAGCUUCGCAUGCGUUCACGGGCUGGCUACCCUCGAUAAGCUGGAACAGGAUCUCCAUAAUGUGCAUCGUCGACGUACAACCGUCGCGCCGACAGUGGCAUCGAUCACAAAUGACCAUCGGACCAUCAGAGCUAGGGACGGCCGAUAAUCGCUUUUUAUCUUCAACUUUUUUGAGGAAUAGAAAACAUAGAUCGAUUCCACUGAAGGGAAAUAUAUAUAUAUAUAACUUUUUGACUUUAGUUAAUGUAUCUGACUAAUUGAAAACGAGAAAAAGGGAGAAAGAGAGAAUUUAGAGAGAAAGAGCGUGCGCGAGAGAGAGUAUGAUAAUUAUACUUUUAAUUAAGAAUACGCGAUGUGUAUGAAUGAUAGAGAGCAAAAGGAAUGACGUCAAGUUUUGCAGUCAACAUCACCGACCGUUUUUGAAGAUCGAGAAACGAUAUGUAUGAUGUGGUAAUGCAUCGAGACGUAUCGUGUUGCGUACGUCAAUCGCUAAAGGCACCAUAUUUUUUCUGCGUUUGAAAGAAUAAAAAAGAAAAUAAUAAAAAAAAAUAUAUAUAUAAAAAUAAAAAGUAAAUAUAAUAAGAAAAAGGGAAAAAAUAAAGACGAAACAUGAAAGCAUGAUAGAUAAAUCAAAAUUUCAGGUUUCGCCAAAUGCGAGCAAUUAUCAACGGAAAUUUUAGAGAAGAAAUCGUUGAUUUAAUUCACUCGCAGAAACCUCUUUCUCUCACUUUAGUUAAGUCUCGAUGAACGUCUUUAGCCUCGAUUAGAUAGGAAAUUUUAUUUUUCAUUCAUAGAUAGGAUGAAUUGUCUUGCGUUUUAUUUUAUUUUUGUAAACGAGUAAGCAAAUUUUUAAAAUAUCGAUAACGCACGUCUAUUUAUAUAAUGGAAAUAACGAACAAGGUCCGAUUCGUUAAUACAUAAGAAAGCGACAUACUUUACUUAAAUCAUUGAACGUCGAUGAAAAAAAUUUUUUAUACAAAAGUAAAAAUAAUUUUUACUUCUAAAAUGGCGACCGACCUCGUCCAACAUUAUUACCACCAUCACUACAGUACCAAUUUCCUUACUUAUUUUUUUUUUUUUUUCCUCUAUUAAUUUACUUUGCUAUCGAUUAUACUUUAGUUCUCUAUCUGAAUUUCCUUCUAUUUUUUUUUUUUUUUUUUUUUUUUUUUUAUAUUGUAGGCAUAUGAUAUACACGUUCGCAUAUUCUCGUUUUUUGUCAUUGGUGACAAUCUAUAAACGAAAACAUGAUCUCUGUAAUUUUAAAUUAAAAUAAUUUGAAGUAUAAAUAAAGCAAAAUUAUAGCUGAUAUUGAUGAUUCGAACUUGAGCCACCUGUCCAUAUUGCGUCUUGUUACAUAAAAAAAAACAAAAAUCAAUAAUUUCUAAAUGUAUACCUUGACAGUAUUCAUUUUCUAUUUAUGUCAUUUAUGCAUUUAGUUAUAUUUCCUUUAAAAUAAAUGUUGCUUUUAUCAAUCCUUACAUCCUAUCAUCUAUCACAAUGUUUAAACAUUACUUAUUAAGCAUCAUGUAAGAUAUUGAUCAGUAGAUACUUUAACAAGUAAUAAUAUUUGUUUAUUUAUUGAGAAAUUUGGUGGCUACAAGAUAAUUUUCUUAAUCAAUUGAUCUUUAUGUAUCAUAUAAUUAUCUAUUAAUUAAUAAGAAAUCUGAAUUAAAAUAAUCUUGAUAAUAUUUAAAAUUUCAAUUUUAAAUAUUUAUUCUUGAAAGUUCAACCAAAUAUCUAAUGUUUUAAAAAUUGCUCCUUUUAUCUUGCAUCAUAUCCUUCUUAUUUUGCAAAAAUGUUAAUUAUUAUUGAGAAAAAAAGAUAUAAAAAAGAAAGUCUUAGAAUAUUAAGUAAAGAAUAAGAAAUUUAAUUUUUAAAAUCUAGAAAAGAAAUGUGAUGUCAGAAAUGUAUAUUUUUUUUCCUUAUAAUUUAAUUAAUAUAUUAAAUUAUUUCUUUUUAACAGUGCCGAGCGACUGAACGUAUCGUAGAUAGUAAGAAGAAAAGAAACAUGAAAAACAUCAUUGCGUUAGCUCAAUGUACUCGUGUUCGAGAUUGGAAAAUGAGAAGAAUAAUAGUAAACUGCCACUAAUUAACAAUACCGCGACAGUGGUUAUGGAAAGAGAGCAAUAUUUUAAGUGUUUUAACGCGAUACCAUGAGCAUUAACAGCAUAGUACUAUUUCAUGUUUCUACAGAGUUAAGGCUCCAGAAAAGACAAUUCAAUAAAAAUCGAUUUGUCGUUAAAAUUUUCUUAUUUCGCUUCAGUACUUGGUAAUUUAAAACAAAAACAAAAUUAUAUAUAAAGAUUAUGAUAAUCUUUCAAUUUUUCGUUUCUAUAAUAUAAUUUAUCAUUUACUAUUUAAACGAUCUAAAUUUUUUACAUUAUUAAUAUAAUUAUUAAAAAAAUUAUGAGAUAAAUAUUUAUAAAUAUAAAUAUUUAUAAAUAAUUGUCAAAAUUAUUUUCAAUAUAUCGACGCAAUGAUAACAUUUUUCAAAAAUAUGACGUAAUAAAUUCUAUAAAUAAAUUUUAUUUAAAGUUUGAAUUACAAAUAUUUCUUCGUUUUUUUCUUUGAACAGAAAGAAGUAAUCGAUGAGCCUUAACUCUCGUAAAUUCCAUCCACUUUAAAACUGACAGGUAACCAUAACAACAUAAAAAUUGUACAAAUAAUUCACAUUUCAUUCGUAGAUUAUGAAUUUACUUACGAUAAUACGUUUUGCUUGUCAUCCUUCAAUACAUGAAGUGAUUCGAUAUCGAACUUUUGAUUGAUUUUACGAUCGAAUUCGAUAUAUAUUUCCAUCGAACAAGUAUCGAUCAUUAAUAAAUCUUGAAACAGAAUCGAUUCUGUCAUUAUCGAGUAAAAGAAAAUUUUAAGAAAUAAAUUCAUUAAACAAUAUUAAUUAAUAUUAAUUCUUUUACUCAAUAGAUAUAUUGCAUUAAAUUAUUUUAUUAUCUAUUUUUUGCGAUACUAUUUAAAAUAAUAAUUAUUCCAUGCUAUAAAAUAAUAAUUAUUCCAUGGAAUAUUAUUUCAUUCGAUCGUGGAUUUGACAAAAUUUUUAUGACUUCGAUAGAUUGUUCGAUGUUACACAUUCUUCAUAUUGUAAUCUCGAAUAAAAAUUGUAUAAAAAAUGCUAUUUUUUAUGCUUCAGACUUAUCAUUUCGUUUCAUCGAUCGAACGAUUUCUCGAAUCAUUUCAAAUCCACGAAGAAUUUCAAAUUAUCGUAAAAUAAUUAAAUUGGGUGACAAGAUAUGAAUGUAUAUUUCAUUUCCUGCCCUAUGUAUAUAUAUAUGGACUUGAGCUACAAUUGUAUGAUGAUUUAGGUGAUAAAAUUGAUCCAUAAGCGAAGUAGUGUUUGCUCUAGGCCCACUUCUGCGUGUAUGCAUAUUACGAUAUCGAUUAAUAGCGAUUAUCCAUAGGCGUAAACAACCUUACUAGCCUACUUAGUGUUUAGAGAACGAUUCUAGCGAUUAACAAUCCCAUUUUUCACACAGCAGAAUGCAAGACGUUGAUCAGUAACUGGAAAUACUCUUUUGAGGAUAAAUUGUAAAGGAAAACAGAAAAAAGAUCCCAAAUUCAAACGUAGAACUGCUAGAUUCCCUUUGCUCCCCAAGUGUGACGUUUUUUCAAACGGAACUUAGGUUAGAAUAAGCCAAAUCUAGAAACUAUGAACGGUUUGUGAAAAUAUUUCAAAUUGCUGUCUCAAAUGAUCAUAGGAUAAUUGUAAUUGCUAUACUCGAACAUUUUCGAGUUAGUUUAUAUUUUAAAUCCUAUAGAUUUUUUUUAAUCCAUAUUAUAUAUUUGUGAUUUUUUUUUUUUUUAUUAGAUCGAUCGUUCAAUAUUCAGUCGAUGCGACAAUUUUAUGCUUAAAAAAUAUCAUAUUAGAAGAAAAACGCUUUUCUAUCUGAAACUGCAAAGAAUUUAAUAGUUCAUUUCCUUUGAUAUUUUAUAUAUGUUCAGUGAAUGUUCUAUAAUUUACCAAAUUCUAAAGUAAUUAAUUAAAAAUGAAUAAAUCAAAAUCUAUUAACUGAAAAUAUUACAAACCAAAGAUAUUAAAGAUUCAAUUAUUUUUAAUUUGUCGCAAACAAAUUUUGACUGGUAUUGAUCGAUAAAUUACAAUUAAUCGAUUUUUCAUUCUGUUAAUUAUCUUCAACAAAUAGAUUAUUAUGAUAUUUAUUAAAAUAUUUCAAAUAUCUUUAGAACAUUUUCUGAACAUCGUUUAUUUUAUAUUUUUCAGUUUUAAAUAAAAAAAGAAAAAAUACAGAAGAAAAAAAUAUAUCGGAAGGCGAUAAAGUAUCUAUUUUUGCACUUGACUGAAAAAUGCUAAUGAAAAUUGCGAAGAAAAAAAAAUAAUAGACGAAGAAGAAGAUAAAAAAAGUUUCCUCUUAAUUCCAAAUAUUUGGUCAUUUGAUAGAAAUUAAAGAUUCUCUGUGACUCGAUCUUCUAUGAACAAAAGGUACAUAUAUUUAUACGUAGAUUAAAAAAAGGAAUAAAAGAAGAAAGUGGAGAUAUGAAUGUAGGAUGAUGAUAGAAAAAUCCAAUGUUCGUCAAUAAUCGCAGAUCGUUCUUUCUUGUGCGCGGACAGAUUGAUAGAACUUUUUUUUAUUCGAAUAAAUAUGAAUAAUUACUUGAUAAUUAAUCGAAUAAUCGCUAUAGAUCAAUGCUAUUAGCAUCGAUCUUCAAUUGAGAUCGCGGCGGGAUUGUAAAAUUUUUGUCUAGCUGUUAUUGCAAUUCGAAUUGCACUAAAGCUUUGUAGAAACACAAAAUCCGAUGCAUGACAUCUUAAAUGGAACUGUGUGAAAUUGAUUUUGUGGAAAUACUAAUCCCAACAUUCUGAUUUAAAGAAAAAAUCGACAGCUAUAAGAUUGUACAUAUAUGUUUACGGCCAUAUUACACUAAUAAUAAGUAUCACAAGUUCUUAAAACGUGUGCAAAUUAAAAUUAUUUGAAGGUUAAAUAACCUCAAAGAUAAGAUCAUCAGGAAUUUUUUCUUUAAAAUCAUAUAUUUCAAGUGAUGUGAAAAAUAGACCCUAAGAAAAAUAACAUAACCUAAUGAAAUAAACAAUUUUGUUUAAAUUGUUUUUCAUCUCUAUCAGAUGAUUGAUAUAAGAAAGAAAAAUGUGCACGUUGAUUCAAUGAACGUUGAGUUCAUAAUAUUAUAAAUUGAAAGAAGUAAAAAUGAUAGAAUUUCUGAAAUUUUCAAUAAUGUUUAGAUUCUCGAACAUGUAGCAGAUUAUGCAAUUCCGUGUUCAGUUAAAGUAUUCGAGGUUAAGAUAUUAUCUUAACAGUUUCUUGUGAAUGCAAUUUUUGGAAGUAUAUAAAUAUUCAAAGAAAUGGAAAAAUAUUUAAUUCUCCAUAAAAUAUACAUUUGACGUAAUAUUGAAUAAUUGUAAUAUGUAUUUGCUUUCAAAAUGAAAAGAAUAAGUUCUUUGGAUUGUGAAAUUGCGUUACGAUAAAUGAUAUUCGAUCGUUUCAUUGAAUUUAUUGCAAAUUUUAUUCUUCACUGUUAAUCAGAUGAUAACUAUCUAGUGUUUAUUCUAUUUAUAAUUUCCUUCUAAUUUGCAUUCACCGGACAGAAAACACUGUACAUUAUAAGCGUGUCAUUUUUUCGAUUGUCCUAAAUUGAUGUAAUGCAAAAUAUAUGAAAAGGAAAAAUAAUAACGAGGUUAAUUAUCUCGAGAAAAUUUUUUUAGAAAAGUAUGAACAAAAUUCUAUUAUAAAGCAAGUCAUUUGAUUUUGCUGUACUUAAUUAACAUAACUAAUCAAUAUAUUAUAAUGUCUAUUAAAUAAAUUUCGAUUUCUAAUUGCGUU